CGCGUUACAUAGAAUCGCUAGUCAGCGACGCAUUUUCUCCCACCACUUUACAAUGGCUUGGUGUAUAAAAACAUCAUCAUUUUAUGACGCAGUUGUCAGUUUGUAAGAAAUUACGGAGUAAUAUCGAAUUUUAUUUGUGAACAAAAUAAUGGCUGGAAUUGUGAAUUUCAAAGUUUAUCUGGAAGAAGAUGAAGAAUCUUCCAAACAAGAAGUUCGAAGAUUUGGGAUUGAUUCAGAUGUUGUAAUGAAUUUUGAGUAUCUUCGUGAAAAGUUGCAAGUUAUUUGCCCCCAUUUAAAAGGAAAACGAUUUAUAAUUAAUUGGAAAGAUUCUGAUGGUGACAUGAUAACAAUCUCCAGCGAUGAAGAAUUAGUACUUGCUUUGAAUGAAACAUCAACAGAUCCAGUUCGCAAGAUCUAUGUAAAAAUUCUACAUGAUCAUCAACCAAAUGUUCAAUUUUGUCCAUCAGUAUCACCAGCGACACUUCAUGUAGGAGUUACAUGUGAUGGUUGCAAUGGUCUUAUUCGUGGAUUUCGAUUCAAAUGUGUCCAAUGCCCAGAUUUUGACCUUUGCUCUUCUUGUCAGUCUCAAGGAUUACAUCCAGAACAUUGUAUGCUUCGUUUGGUGAAUCCUCUUUAUAUUAAAGCACGCUUUGGAAAACGAUUUAUGCGUCACAUGAAUAAAUUUGCAAAAAAACAUUCCCAAUCAUGUCACGAUGACGAUGACGACGAUGAUGAUAAUGAUGAUGAUGAUGAAGCAAAAGUAAAAAAUAAAAACAAAGGUUAUAAAUGUGCGGGAAAAAAAUUGGAAAAACAUAAUAAACGAGUUUCAAAUUGUCCAAUCACAUCUGAUUUAGAAAGUAUGAUGAAUUCAGUUACAGAAUAUAUGAAUGGAUUGACACAAGACUUAACAGAACCACUAAUUCAAAUGACCAAGACAGAAAAUCAAAUGAAUCAAAAGACACAAGAACAGAAUAAAAAUCAAACAAAAAAACAAUCUGCAUCAGAAGUAAAAGAUAAUCAAGAAAAAUGUUCAAACUCACAAAGAAUUCCGGAACGUAAAAUACGCCAUAAUGACAUCCUCAAUAUCUUAGGCCAAAGUUUGUAUCACUUCUUGGAUCCAGUGAGAAUUGAUUCAAACAUACAAAUGAAAACAGAUCACCAAGAGCCUACUUCUUCAAAUAAUGAUAAAAAAAAAGUUAAUUCGAAUAGUGAUGUCAAUAGCACAGCUGAAUCUCCAACUCCUAGCACUUCUAAAUCUAAUAGUGGGACUGCUACUCCAAAAACUUUCAAUGAAAAGAAUGAUACUGACAAACAAAAUAGUGUUUCUUCAAGUUCCGAAAAAAGAAUGAAUAAUGAGCCUAAUACUAGUAAAAAAAAUGUUGAAUAUGUAUUAGAAAGAGAUGGGCACAGUGAUCCAGAGUGGACUGUUAUCAAAGAGGUAAUGGCGGAAACUAAAGAGCAGCCGAAAAACGCAUCAGCACCAAUCUAUCCUCAAUUACCGGAAGAAAAGAAAAUUUAUCAUCCUAACCCGAAAAUUCAAAAAGCUGUUGAACUUAUGAUUCAAAUGGGAUUCUCUAAUGACAAUGAUCUACUAACUAAUCUUUUAGUCGCUAAAAAUGGAGAUAUUGUCAGUGUCAUAGAUAUUCUCCAACAACAGUGAUUUAAAUGAAUCAUAUUCAUUUAUCUAAAAAUUAGGAGUUUUCAUUUCUAAUUAUUUUAAACAUUCCAUGAUCUGUUUAUUGAUGUAUCACUCAAUACUUUUGAUGUAUCACUGAGCUACUAUUGUAUAUGGCGUGUAGUAUUCAGACAUUUAGUUGGAAUAAAAUAAAUAAAAUCUAUUUAUUGUA